AUGAGCUCGACCAACUUUGCUGCUGCCCAACAGCGCGUGUUAGAACGCCGACGCCUGCACGAGACGGAAUCUCGCGCCCGGUUUGCGGACCAGAGGGCGUCACCGGCAAAUAAUGCCGCCAUCCAACGACUUCCAUUUCCAUUUAACAAAUUGCCUUUAUCAGCUAGUUGGGUAUGGAGCUCUUUGACUGGGCGUGAAGGGAAUCGACCGGCGUUUCGGGUCGGUCAGGUAGAUGCCGAGCUGCUCGAUGAGGAAUUGCUGGACUUGCUCAAGGGGCAGGUUGGGGAAGCGUUGAAGUACUACGGGCCUCAUUUGCGCGAAGACUGGUCGCAUGAGAUUCAAUUUGCCCUCCGAGCCAUCCUGUUUAAGCUUUCGAUAUGGGACCAUGAUGCUUCCUACGGUGCCGCUUUACAAGACUUGAAAUAUAUCGAUGUUCGCAGCAAGGGUCCUAUUCAUUCUACACCGACGAAAUGGCAAAAGGGUCUGUAUGGUUUUCUCACCGUGGGUGGUCGUUACGCGUGGGAUAAGUGGGAGAGUUGGCUGGUCGGGCAAAGCGAUGGUUAUGAAGAGCCCUCGCGGAGAGUCCAGUUUCUAGGGCGAAUAACGGAUCUAGUUUCGACAACACACUCGGUCGCGGCCUUCGUUUCUUUCCUCGUGUUCUUGGUGAAUGGCCGGUACCGGACUCUGAUUGAUCGAAUCCUUCGUAUGCGUUUGACUCCUCCAUCCGCCCAAGCCAGUCGCGAGGUAUCGUUCGAAUAUCUGAAUCGGCAGCUCGUGUGGCACGCGUUUACCGAAUUCCUACUCUUCUUGUUACCUCUUGUCGGUAUAAGCCGGUGGCGCAGAUGGUUAUCCAGAGCGUGGCGGAAGACAAAAUCUACUCUCAAAUCCAGCAGCGAUGACAAUGAGCCCGAGGAGAAGCGAGGUGAAUUAGCAUUCCUCCCGGAGAGGACAUGCGCCAUUUGCUACAAGGACCAGAACCCAACAUCCACAUCAGAAAGCGACGUGAUGGCUGCAUCAGCAUCGGCUGGUGGAAUGAUUGGCUCUGCACAGACAGAUAUCACCAACCCCUACGAGACGGCCCCUUGCGGCUGUUUAUACUGUUUUGUUUGUCUGGUGCAGAAGCUGGAAGGGGAAGAAGGCGAAGGCUGGGUCUGUCUUCGUUGCGGAGAGAUUGUCAAGAAGUGCAAACCGUGGAAUGGCGAUGUACUCGAAGAAGUACGCCCGCAAACGACUUCAGGAAAGGCUGUUGGCUUCGCUAUAGAUGGCGAAUCGGAUACAAAGAGUGCAUCUGAGGAACAGCCUUUGGACGACGAGCUCGAGGGUUCCAGGCAGUGGACAUCGGUCGACAAGGAAUCUGUCGAUGAGACUGAUCAUGAGGCAUAA